UGGAAAUAUGACAAACCUAAUGUAAAUAUGAAAAAUAUUGUGCUUUGAAGAAUUAAUAUAUAAAUUGGCACAAAGAUAUAAUUAUAAUUAUGUCGCUGACCCAAGCAAUAAUGGAGGCUCAUCGAAUGUCUCUGAAGCGUAUUGGAGAGAGGGCCCGUCGCCUUGUCCCAUGUCGUGUCAUUGAUCUUAUUGAUUGGUGUGAGAUGGCAAUUUUUCAACCUGUACCAUAUGAAAUGCAACACCUAGAGGAUUAUGGAUAUCCACCAGGGUUGAAUGGCACAAAUCAGACAAAAGAUGACUUGAUAGAUUACGUGAAGAAUAUUUAUGACACACAGUUGGCAGAACAAGCUUUGGCCAAAUACCUCUACAUCUACAUCUCACCUAUACUACUCUUUAUAGGGACAUUUGGAAAUAUCCUCGCCGCAAUUGUACUGACCAAGAUGAGUAUUAAAUCUUGCUCCACGUGCGUGUACCUUGCAGUCACCGCCAUCAUCGACCUCCUUGUAUUGUACAUCAAGUGCGGGAAUGAUUGGCUGUAUAAUCUUAAUGGAACUAACCUGAGCAACAUACUGUUGGUUUACUCAGACACAGUCUGUAAGGUUUAUCCAUUCGCCUUCAAUUUUAUUGCCCAUCUCGCAAUUUGGGUGCUAGUGGCACUAGCUGUUGAGACUUUCAUUAUGUGUGGGCAUCCCGAGAAAGUUCGAAAAAUGUGUACAAUUGAGCGGGUGAGGGCAAUAUUAUUACUUCUCACUGUCCUACUCGUGUUUGUCAAUGUUCACUUCUUCUGGUCAUUUGCGAAGAUUCCGUUAUCUGAGUCAUUUAACCCAGGGACUGAUAAUGGUCAGAUAUGUACUUGGACUAAUAAAGCCAGCGAAGAGUUUCAAUCUAUCAUGUGGCCAAUUAUGGAUCUGAUUAUCGCUGAAGUAGUGCCAUACGUAAUCAUAGUUAUUCUCAUCACGUUAGCUGGAUUGAAGCUCCUCAAGCAAAAAUCAAAAAGUGCUGUGGAGAUUUUAAAUGAACAUAAAUAUAGUCUUAAUCCAGAUGCCAUUAUCCAGUUACGCAAAACUUUCCUCAUCAUCCUGGUACUUCAUCUGAUUCUCACGAUACCAAAAUUCAGUUUCUACAUUUAUAAAUAUUUUGUGGAAGUUCAGAAGAUGCGUAAAUUUGAUCGGGAAUACCAAAGCCAGACAGCCCUAGCUAAUGCCAUUUGUUCGGAGUUGGUCUAUGGAUUGUUAAGCUGUAAAUUCUUCAUAUAUGCUGGAACGUGUAAGAAAUUCAGACAUGAACUUAAGAGUAUUUUAACAUUAGUCUACAGAAUUCAUAGACGUAAAUCCAAUAGGCGAAAAUCAGAACAGCUAAUGGGAAAACCUAUUUUGAAUAAAGGAAUUCUACAAAAGUUUGAGGAUGAUAUGAGGAAUGGUGGUAUAAAUGCACCCCAGUAUGUAAAAUAUGACACAGAUUUUACUCCCCCAGAUGAAACUCUGGAACCAUUGAGUAAACCUGUUGAACAUGAAGAGAUAAUCACUUCCGUCUAGUAUGUUCUCAUUUAAAGAGACGAUGAAAUAAUGAGAACUGUCAGUCAAUCAUUCUCUCAUUUCAAGAGCUAAUGAAAAAAAAGAACUCUCAUUUCAACUGAAAAUUAGAAAAAUUAGAAAAAUAUGACACCAUAUAUAGAGAAGUAUCGUUAUGACAACCUCUCUUCGGGACUAAAUAAUACAAUACAAUGUAUAAAAAGAUGAGAAAAUUAUUACUUGAUGUAAUUACAGACUUUUCUGAGAUACAACUAGUUUUGAAACAUGAUAAUUUAGAUUGUAGGAUUCUUUUUAAAUGCAUGUGUGUCAAACCAAAACCAUAGUGAAGGGGCUAUGUAUAUACUCUAUAUGCCUCUUAAACUACAACUAUAGUGUAGGGGCUAUGUAAAAUAUACGCUAUCUGCCUCUCAAACUUCAACUAUAGUGAAGGGGCUCUCUCUCUGUCUCUCAAACUACAACUAUAGUGUAGGGGCAGUGUAAAAUAUACUCUAUCUGCCUCUCAAACUACAACUAUAGUGUAGGGGCUAUGUAGAAUAUACUCUCUCUGUCUCUCAAACAACAAUUAUAAUAUAAGGAUAAAUAAAAUAUACUCUAUCUGCCUCUCAAACUACAACUAUAGUAUAUGGGCGGUGUAAAAUAUACUCUCUCUGCCUGUCAAACUUCAACUAUAGUGUAGGGGCUGUGUAAAAUAUACUCAGUCUCUCAAACUUCAACUAAAGUGUACAUGUAAAGUGUAAGUGGAAAGUUUACCUAUGUAAUAAAUAUACUCUAUCUGUACAAUUAUAGUAUAGGGUUUAUGUAAAAUAUACUCUAUCUGUACAAGUAUAGUAUAGGUUUAUGUAAAAUAUACUCUAUCUGU